CUCCGUAAUCCAAAUAGAGAGAGAGAAAGUCCACAGCAAUGUUCUCGAGAAAUUCCUCUAUCCCCCCAAUUUUUUUACUCACUUUCUCGCCUUUAUUCCUAUCCCUCUCUUGCGUGAUCGAUGAAUUAGCCCUGUGUACUGAACGAGUUACCUUCUGCUGGCUAAGAUCUAUAAUAUGGUGGCAUCUUGUGUUUUUUGAUGAUGAACUUUGGAUUUCUUAGCAUUCCAUGGUUUGGUCUCGAUCCCAAAAGGGAUUCGGAGUUGACUCUCGCAUCCACAAGUGCUCUCCUGGAACAGCCUAAACAGAAAGCUGGUUUUGAGAUCAGGCUAUGGGGAUGGACUCUAGUUUCAGUUCCUCCAUGUGCAGUGAAUGGUAAUGAUAAAAAUCGAGCACCAACCACUAUAAAUAAAGGAUUAAAAAGACGUGCACGACAACGUGGGGCUAUUGAGCCUCCCAAUGGAGGUACCUCUAUCCGGUUUAGGCCAUAUGUUUGCAAGGUUCCAUGGCAUACAGGUGCUAGAGCCUUCCUUUCGCAGUUAUUUCCACGAUAUGGGCAUUACUGUGGUCCUAAUUGGUCAAGUGGGAAAGAUGGCGGAUCUCUUGUUUGGGACAGGAGACCAAUUGAUUGGUUAGAUUUUUGUUGCUAUUGUCAUGAUAUUGGUUAUGAUACUCAUGAUCAAGAAAAGCUUCUGAAAGCUGAUUUAGCAUUUCUUGAAUGCUUGGAGAAGCCUCAUAUGAGCACAAAAGGUGAUGUCCGUAUUGCUCAUCUUUACAGGACAAUGUGCACGACAGGUCUUAAAAAUAUACUAAUCCCAUAUAGAAGGCACCUUGUGAAGCUACAAUAUGGGCAACCUCUCAUUGAUUUUGGAUGGCUAAGGAAUGUGAGAAGGAGAAAUUGGAAUUUUCAGAAAACCUGAAAGCAGAUCAUGCAGCCUUGGUGAGCAAGUUAUUCAGGUGGCCCCUGGGCAGUAUGACAGUAGAUGGAUUUUCAAACACUUUCCUCUCCUAUCCUAUAGUUCAUUCAUGUUGAGGUUUUCCUGUGUCUGAACCUUGGAGAACUCAUUAUCACAGUCUUCCUUGGAAAUACUGGAUAUCCUGAUCUUAUCUGUAUUUUAGCCAAAUAUCAUAUGAUGUAAAUAACUUUUGCUGCAUGCUAAUUUCAAACUGUGAAUGUUAUUGACUUUGAUGAUAGCAUAUACCAUCAAUUUGAAUCUGCUCAUUGGCUGAUAAAUAGAGUUUGGAUAUGGCUAUUAAAUUUUCUCA